AUGAUGCCGAUCAGCUGUAUGGAAUGUCGCCGUCGGAAGAUCAAAUGCAACAAGAUGGUACCUUGCAAUCAGUGCACCGUUAAAGAUAGGCAUUGUGAGUAUCCCCCUAAAUUCCGAUCGAUUAAAGUCGAGCAGUUAGUGAUGGACGACGUUGCGGUCGCACCUUUAGGAGAUGACAAGGCACUUCUGGACGGUUCAGUACCUCUUCCAAACGGUCUCCUAACGGCCCCAAGUUCUAAUUCCUCUUCUUCAAGUGAUUCCCCGCAUGGAAUAACUAGACCUAGAGAGCUUAUAAGCAUGGAGGAGUCUAACAGCAUGUUUGGUUCUAAUGGUAUCAAGCGUCCUAAAAUUGAGGAGACCAGCACCGUGUUGCAACUCGAAGGUCUCCACAAUUUGGGCCAGCUUACUCCGGAAUCCACCGUUCCUCUCAUACAGAAGUUGAAUAAGGAGAAUGAAGGACUGAAACUGAAAAUCAGAGACCUUCGAUUAAAAAAUAAACGCCAAAGAACCAAGCUGAAGAAGAUCAUAUCUUCUCAAAUAGAUUGUGACGAUUCCAGUGACGAUGAUAUAGACGACGAUAUUGAGGAUGAUGGUAAACCCGAGCAACAUGACAAUUUCGAGAAAGUGGUGAAACCCUCUUCGAUUUAUUAUGGUCCGAACUCGACAAGGUAUAUGAUUUCUUCCUCGAUGACUAAGGAUGAAAUAUCAGAAUUUGAUGAUUUUAUCAAGGUUAAGCGACAGAUAAAACAGAAGCGAAAUCUUCCUGUGCUUGUUCAUCCCAAGGCCAAUUCUGCCAAGGCUAAGCAGAUUGCCAAGAAGGAAAAUGUCGAAGCCAUUAUCGCCUUAUUGAAGAAGUUUUUUCACUUAAAGGUUCACUAUGUGAACUUUAUAUCGCCAAUACCCUUGCUUGAAUUGUUUGCCCACUACGAUUCUAUUACGGAGUGGAAUAAAAAUGACGAUGACAAGCUUUUGCUUUCCAUCAUAAUCAUAAUCGUAACUCUGAGAUCCUUACCUGCAAAUGAUCCCUUGCUGUACAAGUACGGCAUUAGUUACGAGAAGAAUAGAGAGUCGCUAUACAAGCAGUACAAGAACUUGAAGAGAGGUAUUCAAAUUGAAACGACUACCAGCUUGCGUGCUUAUGUCUUGGAGUGUGAGGACUUGUUCUUCAAUGACCAGAUUGAGAAGUCAUGGAGCUUACUGUUUCGUUUGGUAAGUUCUGCUUACUCUUUGGGACUUCAUGUGUAUGAUGAAUCGAUUGUGAAGACUUUGAAGGCGGAACAGCACGAGAAAUCUGGUGAUGUGAUCAAGAAGAACCCUAAAACUUCUCUCUGGCUCAUCAUCAAUUUUAUUUCGGCAACUCUAUGUUCGGUCUUGGGACGUCCUAAUCCUGUGACAUUCAAUUUUCAACCCUUGUUGAAAAACUAUGAGAUCAGAUUAAACUACAAAAUCGCUCUCGCAGAUUUGGUCAAGAAGUCAACAAAUAUUUUGAUUGAUUCCUACAAGAUCCCUAUCGAUCUUGAUACCGUUCUGGAUAUAGAUGAAAGUUUUGUGAAUGAAGUUCUCAUCUAUGAAAAAAUUCUAAUAGACACCAGGAUCAUGAGGAACAUGAGAUCCAGAGAUAUUACCAAGCCAAGUUUCAUCACACUUCCUGUGAUUGACAAGUCUCUAGGUGGCAAUCCAGCAAAUGAUUUACACGAUCAUGAUAGUGGCGCUGAUGAUGCUGAUGAUAAAGAUCAUCAUAACCAUCACCACCAUUUUCACCGUAGUCAUGGUAAGGAAGCAGAUAGAGAUGCGGAGACUGGUACUAAAAGGGCUAUCUCGUCAGCUGAUGUUGGCGUUCAGAGCAACUGGUUAGGGAAGAAAUCGAAUUCAGUAAGUCAAAUGGAUCUUUCAAAGCUUCUUGUUGACUGUCCGCUGGACAUCAGAUUUACUAUUCUUAGGCCGUGCCCACUUCAAAACGAAGAAGAACCUUGGUGUUUAAUUCUGGAAGAUGCAGAUACUUUGUGUGAUUUGAUUAUGCUCUAUGGUAAUAGGGCCAAGUUCCAUCAGCAUUUCAUGUCUAAAUACACAAAGUCGCUUGAGAGUUGUCUAGACUCAAUUUUGAAAGUUCUUGAGCAUACCCAGGAUUUGGUGGAGUUGAUGUUAAAGAAGUUUGCUGAGGCUUCGUUCCAAAGGGUUUAUCCAUUCUUCUAUGUGUUCUUAUACCAGACUUUUGUUGUCACAUAUACAUUGAUGCAUCUAGGGUAUGCCAAAUUGUCUGCAUAUUACAAUGAAAUAGGUAUGAUUCGUCAACGGUUAAUCAAGUUGUUUGACACCGUAGGUCCUAAACACUGGAGACCGAAUGUGAUCCGCAUUAUUCAGUAUAUCAACGAUAUGUGCGACAACUUCUUCAAAACGUACUUAGAGAAGGAGCAGCAGAUUCCUAAAAGUACUACACUUCCUCCACUGCCCGAGGGUAACAAAAGCAUGGUUGUCCAUCCGGGUACCUACAAAAUUCAGCAUGAGAGGCUGCAGCAGGAGAAGGAACGUCAGCUUCAAAACGCAAUUCCAAACUUUUCUGAAGGUGCUGAUUCUGCAACUUCAUUAAGGACUCCUCUAAGCUUGAAUUCCAUGUUCCAGAUCAAUUCUUUGGCAAAUUCACCGAAUGCUGCGGGUAACGGUAACAUGCAACCCAUGCCAAUGUUUCCUGAUUUGCUGGUUCACAAUGUUCCUGAUGAUAUUCGCAAUAAGCUUUCCAGAUCGAUUGCAAUAUCUGCGCCUACAGUUGACGCUGGCGCAACCGCCACUGGUGGACCCAGCAGUUCAGGCCCUUCAAACGAAACUGUAGUAGCUUCUCAAAGUGGUGAUGGUUCUAGUGUGGUUGGCGUCAUUAAUGCCAAGCCAUCAGGAUUUCUGGUAUCACAGCCAGUUCAGAGCUACUUGAAUAACAAUUCGGCAUCUCUUUCACAGAUAUCGUUGUCUAAUUACAAUAUGGAUUACUAUAAUCCAGUGCAGCAGUUUUUUCCACCCCCGGCCCAGCAGCAGCAGCACCAGAAAGCAGAGUCUGAGGAACAGCAGGAACCGGUAACCCAUGUCACUAAUUCUACUCCGCCCACGCAGACAUUCACUAUCGACCCUCUGUUGGGAUUCGACCUCAAUGAUCCAUUCUUUGUCCAGAAUCCGUUUAAUUUCAAUUAUGCAUCAUCACCUGGAAAUCACAACUCUGUUAACGCAGCACCUGCAAGAAGCGACGCAGCGGAAUUUGUGCGAAACGAUAGCGUCACCACAGUGACUACAAACUCUAACGAGCUGGUAGAGAGAUCAUCAUCUGACUGCUCAAAGUGA